AUGACGUUUUCGUUCUCGUUUUCUUUCCAAGUCCUUAAUGCCAGCUAUGAAGCUGGGCACCAGCGGGUUCCGGGCGACGAGACGUACCUGCUCGAGCUGAAGGAAUACGAUGUUUGGCCUUUAGAAAACGACAACUUUGAUCAUUGCACCGGGCAUAUGUACGAAGAAAAGCUUUGCGGUGUUACCGGGACCGACAAGUGGGAAAAUGCGUGGAAUAACUUCUACUUGAAAUUCCACGUCAAUGCUGCGUACACCAAGGGGGAUGACCGUCACCGUUGCAUGACGUUCGGCACGCAGGACGCCUUGACCUCAAUCCAUAGAGGUAAUCGCGGGAAG